GGGAAUGUGUUGCCAUGAAGGUGCUGAAUAAGGAAGAGCUGAAGAAAGCUGAAGAAGUGCUCAGACAUUACUUUCCCCAGUCACAACAGUCCAAGCGGUACCAUCCUCAGCAAUCUCCAGGCUGUAGCCUCCAGUUGAUGAGGGCUCCAUCCAGAAGUAGGGCAUCAGGAUGGAUCGGGCAGGUCCGGAGAGCAGAAAGGGUCAGGAUCACUGGCAUCUCCAUAAAAUCAGGUGUGGCUUGACAGAAGGAGAGAGGGAGAGGUAGGUAAAAAAGAGGGAGCAAUUAUUAGGUAUGCUUACUAUCCCCUGAUGGAUAAGACUGUGUACUUUACGUAAAAGAAAGUCUAUUCAUGGAAAGCUUGAGUAAACAAAUAUAUUUUCAGCCUAGACUUAAACACCGAUACUGUGUCUGAGUCCCGAACACUAAUUGGAAGGCUGUUCCAUAACUGUGGGGCUUUGUAAGAGAACGCUCUUCCCCUUGCUCUAGCCUUCACUAUUCGAGGUACCAACAAAUAGCCUGCACCUUUUGAUCGAAGUAGACGUGGCGGAUCAUAGAAGACCAAAAGUUCACUUAGCUGCUGUGGAGCAACACCGUUCAGUGCUGUAUAGGUCAAUAGUAGUAUUUUAUAAUCGAUGUGAAAUUUUGCUGGGAGCCAAUACAUUGUGGAUAAGAUAGAUGUGAUGUGGUCAUACUUUGUGGUUCUAGUAAGGACUCUUGCAGUUGCAUUCUUGACUAACUGAAGCUUGUUUAUGCUACUAAUGGAACAUCCAGACAGUAAGGCAUUACAAUAAUCCAACCUAGAGGUGAUGAAAGCAUGAAGUAAUAUUUCUGCAUCAUGUAGUGACAUUAUAGUUCUUAUCUUAACAAUAUUUCUGACAUGAAAUAAGACUAUCAUAGUAAUACUGUCUACAUGAGUAUCAAAUGAAAGACUGGAGUCAGUCAUCACACCAAGGUCUUUUACUGCGGCACAUGGUGAAAUAGGUAGGCCAUUCAGAGUCACUGUGUAAUCAGAGAGCUUACUUGUAGCUGCAUGUGGUCCUAGUAAAAGUACUUCUUUCUUCUCAGAAUUAAGUGAAAGGAAGUUAAUCAACAUCCAAUGUCUAAUGUCCUUUAUUAUUCCUCAACUGUGGCUCUGUUAGAGUAUGUUCUGAUGUGAUUUGCUAUGUUUGACAUUAAGAGUGUCACAAAACACGUCACAAUGGCAUUGUAUAUGUGACUGUGAGCAGCAGGGGCUUUGCAGAAUCAUGAAGGUGUUGAGGAAGCAGGAGCUGAAGAAGGCUUUGGAAGCACUCAGACAUUACUUUCCCCAGUCACAAGAGGUGUAUGGAUGUGUUUCUAUUAUUAAUCGAGCAGAAGUUGACCACAGAGAUGUGCUGGUGGACCGGUGGCCAGAUUUCAGUGUGCUACUUGUUAAACCAAAAUGGCAGCAGAAACCAGACUUUUUUAAUGAUGUGAGCACUUUUACUAAGGACGAAUCAUGUCUCAGGAACAUACUAACCAGGACAGACGUCCUAGACUGGAAGCAGUUCAUCAGUCUAAGUAUUGACCUGCAGCAAGAGGAAAUGUUAAAGGCUGUAGCAUUGAACAAUGGUGUACCAAUGAACAAAAUAUGUACCUGCCAUGUAAUGUGCCUGGAGGAUCCAUCCAACCUUCCAGUUGACAAGUUAUCUAUUCGAGUCUCAUCAGUCAAGGAGUCUCAUGUUGCUCUGAUCAACAGCACAUGGAAGUUUGGCAUGGGUGAAUUCACUGAGCCCCUGGUCAGGAGCAUGAUCUUGAAUUACCCUUCAUGUUGUGUACUUGACUCAGAGGGUCAGCCGGUUUCAUGGAUAUUGACCUAUUCUGACUGUGCGAUGGGAGUUCUGUACACACUCCCAGAGCACAGACGGAAAGGCUACGGCAAAGCACUGAUCACCAUAUUGGCAAAGAAACUGCAUUCGGAGGGCUAUCCAGUGUACUGCUUCGUUGAGGAGGAGAACCAGUUGUCCUACAGGCUCUUUAAAGGUUUAGGCUUCACUGAGGAUCUAUCUUAUAGGAAUUCUUGGUUUUAUGUCAAUCAGUAGUCUAUGACUCCAUAAGAGGUUUGGGACAAGGAACAUUCCUUUCUUGAUUGCAUGACUGAAGGGUGUGUUCAGCACACAUUCAUUAUCUUAUCCACAUGUACCCCAUGAUUGGUUGGCUGUCCACUCCUCCUUUAUCAUAUCAUUGUUCUUGCAUGAUGUAAAGCAAAUAAAACCAUGAGAAAACAACUCAA